AUGGAUAUUCCUAAACAUCCUUUAAUUCCUAAACAUGUAUUUGUUACGAUAAUAAACAAAUCUGUUGCUUUAGACAACGUACUAUCAUUACAUUAUACUACACAUAUAUCACAUCCACAAUUAUCAAAGAUCCUUAAUCAAGCAUCAUCACUUGCCAAAACAGUAAUCCAUACUAGUGAUAUACAACAAAUAUUGGAGAUAAAUCCGGAUAUGUAUGUGAUGUUUAAAUUAAAUGAUGAAUUAUCUAUAAAACUCUCUAAUAUCUCACAACUACAUCAACUGAGAAAGAAUGAAUUUAUUAAAAAAGUCAAAAUUUGGAUUGAAUCAAAUCAAGAUCUUGAUGAAAUUCCUAAACGACAAUCAAUAGCAACAACAACAACAACAACAAGUAUAUGUAAAUCACCUAAUAAAAUCAUUAAAUCAAAACAAAUAAUUAAUAAAAAUAGUCCAAGGAAAUAUUCUGAUUUGAAAAAUGAUCCAUCAAAAUUUAAAUUUAAUGAAAAAUCUGAACCUAAAGAAAAUUCAAUUAAAGGAUUAUCAUUACUUGAAAGAAUUAAACUUAAAGAAAAAUUAGCAAAAGAACAAUUAUCUAAACAAAUAACACCCGAAGAAAAAUAUCAAAAUUAUUUAAUUGGUAAAAUUCCAAUGAUUUAUGAUAUAAUUUAUCAAUUAUAUAAUUCUCAAAAUGAUAAUUGUAAAUCUUUUUCAACUAAUAAAUUAAUACAAAUUAUUCAAGAUAGUUCAAAUUAUCCUGUUGUUGCUGAUGAAAUUCAUGAUGUUAUAAAAUUAAUACAAUCAAAAUUAUCUAAAAUUAAAUUAAUUGAAAAAAAAUGGUUUACAAGUUAUUCGUGUGUCUUAUCUAGAUAG